UUCUCGUUCAAAAGCCCCUCUCUCAACCAUAAGCACUCGCGGUCGCGGCGGGUAAGAAAAGCAGCAGGCAGCAGGCAGCAGGAGCUGGAGCAGGAGAAGCAGAGGCAGCAAUGGGUAUCGACUUAGUUGCAGGAGGCAAAAGCAAGAAGACCAAGCGAACCGCCCCAAAAUCCAAUGAUAUUUAUCUCAAGCUGCUUGUCAAGCUAUAUAGGUUUCUGGUACGGAGGACCGGAAGCAACUUCAAUGCAGUGAUUCUUAAGAGACUUUUCAUGAGCAGGGUCAACAAGGCUCCGAUGUCCCUUUCACGAUUGAUUCGCUACAUGGAGGGAAAGGAGAAUAAGAUCGCGGUUCUUGUUGGAACGGUUACUGAUGAUACUCGGGUUUAUGAUGUACCGGCGUUGAAGGUGACGGCUUUGAGGUUUACAGAGACAGCGAGAGCUAGAAUUUUGAAGGCAGGAGGAGAAUGCUUGACAUUUGACCAGCUGGCUCUCAGGGCUCCCCUUGGGCAGAACACAGUUCUUCUCAGAGGUCCUAAGAAUGCUCGUGAAGCAGUGAAACAUUUCGGCAAGGCUCCAGGUGUGCCUCAUAGCCAUACCAAACCCUAUGUACGGUCCAAGGGGAGGAAAUUUGAGAGGGCUCGAGGGAGAAGAAACAGCAGGGGAUUUAGGGUCUGAGUCAUUUGUCAUGCUUUCUCUGGAGGUGUUUGUCAUGCACUGUUCUGGCUCAAUUUUUGUGAAGACAUCUUUUAUCUUUUGGCGAGCAAUUUUUUGUUGGACAUCUAGCCAUCUAGGUAUCUAGGCUUUAUUUUUUCCUUUUUAUCUUGUGAAAUGUUGGAUAAUUUGAGCAUUGGCAAUUCUAAAAUGAAUAGUAGUAAUCAUUACAUGCAUAAGUUUGGCCAUGCAUUGUUUCCUUGGAUACAAGAGUUAAAACUUAACUUUUAUUUGAUACUUGAUGGAUCCUUUUUCUU